AUGACACGACGAAUUGUAUGUGCUCUUCUCUCUUGUUCUCUGCCUAGCUUGGCUGUCCGGACAAUAGUCCAAACUUCCACCGCCGCCAUCUUCACCUUCAUCGUCAUCUUCUUCCUUGACCGGCACUACCGCGUCUUGCCAAACGCAAUCCACACCUAUCUCCCCGCGCACCACCACGGCUCCGUCAUCACGGACAUCACCCUCACCACUUGCUCCUCUCUAAACCCCUUCUCAAGCUGCAAGCUUGAUCCCAAAAAAUGGCACAGGGUAGAGAAGGAUUUGUAUCUCAAACAGUCGGUGCUCAGCAGCGCCUACCUCCACGUCCAGCGUAAGCGAGAAGAGGAGUUGACCUCAGAAGACAAGGUUGUCAUCGACGUAACAGUCGGGAGACUCAACCCUUCCAAGUCGUCCGAGAACUUAGACUCGGAAGAGAAGUGGGAGUCCCGCCCUGGCGGCCUCUGGAUCAAGCGCUCCUCCAAACGGGGGGUAUCAGACUCGAAAUCGGCCGUCACGGCGGUUGAUGUUCUUUUCGGGGACGAUGCCAUCGAGGCGAGGGCCGGGUGGAUGCUGACUGGUUCGACGGCUUUGCUUCUCGACGGAGGGAGGAAGUUCCAUGCUGCGCACAUCACUGUUCGGAGGGGGGCGCCGGUCGAGAUCACCAAGCCUGUGCCGCGGGUGAGGGAUAAUGGACGGUAUAAAAUCAUGCAGUUGGCUGAUAUUCACUUUUCGACGGGGGUGGGGAAGUGCAGGGAUAGCCUGCCUGGUGGGUGGGAUGAGAAGCAUGGGGGCAAGUGCGAGGCGGACACGAGGACGAUUGAUUUUAUCGAGAGGGUUAUCGAAGAAGAAAGCCCUGAUCUGGUGGUGCUGUCAGGGGAUCAGGUUAACGGGGAGACGUCGCCCGACACGCAGUCGGCCAUCUUCAAGUACGCCCAGCUGUUGAUCAAGCACAAGAUCCCGUAUGUUUCCAUCUUUGGCAACCACGACGACGAGGGGUCGAUGUCGAGGGCUGCGCAGAUGGAGCUGAUCGAGGCGUUGCCGUAUUCCCUCUCCAAGGCCGGACCAGUGGAUGUCGACGGUGUGGGGAACUAUUACAUCGAAGUGCUCGCCCAGGGGAGCUCGGGGCAUUCAGCCAUCACGGUCUAUCUGCUUGACACGCACGCGUAUAGUCCGAACGAGAGGAAGUACCAUGGGUAUGACUGGUUGAAGCAGAACCAGAUCGAUUGGUUUCGGCAGACGGCGAAGGGGUUGAAGAAGGCGCAUAAGGAGUACAGGAAGCAUCAUAUGGAUGUUGCGUUUAUUCAUAUUCCGAUUCCGGAGUAUAGGGAUAUGAAUCUGACGAUUGUGGGUGAGUGGAUGAGGGAGGCGAGUACGGCGCCGGCGUAUAAUUCGGGGUUCUACGGGGCGUUGGUUGAGGAGGGGGUGAUGAUGGUUAGUUGUGGGCAUGACCACGUGAACGAGUACUGCGGCCUGAAAUCCAUCAACGCCGAGGGCCAGCAGCCCAAGCCCGCACUGUGGAUGUGCUACGCUGGCGCGACUGGCUUUGGCGGGUACGCCGGUUACGGUGGGUUUCACCGAAAGAUCAGGAUAUUCGAUUUCAACACCAACGAGGCGAGGAUCACGACGUGGAAGAGGUCAGAAUGGGGGGAGGAUGUGGGCAAGAAGAUUGACGAGCUGAUUAUUGUCGAUGGGGGGAAGGUCGUGGCGCCCAUGCAGGGCUGA